AUGAACGAGAUCAGCGAUGCCUUCAACUCGAGCUCAACUAUACCCGCUCCCUCGGCCAGGCUGGGAUGGCAAGAUUCGCCGGACAGACGCGGCACUCUCGACAUAGUAUGGAGCUGCGUCUUCUCGAUCCUGCUGUGCCUCUGGACUAUGCUGCAUCUGAACGUCCCUACCGAGAACGACACCUACAUAACCAUCUUCUGGCGGAAAAUGCGAUGGCUGAUACUAGGUAUCCUUGCGCCAGAAUUACCCAUGCUGUUCGCUUGCGGGCAGUACGCCUCUGCCAAACGCUCCGUUGAGGACUUCCGAAGCCUGGGCUACUCGGAAGAGCAGUGGACCUUAUGCCAUGCCUUCUACGCCGACAGCGGAGGCUUCAAGCUGCAAACAGAGGACUUCCAGGCCUUCCCAAUCACUGCCAAACAACUGCACUACCUUGUCAACCAUCGCUACGUUUCGCUACCAGCGAUGAGCCGGGACGAGAUCUGGGACAAGAGCAAAGCAGACGGCGUCGCGAAGACCAUGGCCUUCUCCCAGAGUGGUUGGCUCAUUGCACAGACCAUUGGACGAGGAGUCCAACGUCUCCCCAUCACGCCCUUUGAGAUCUCAAGCCUGGCGCUCAUCUGCUCUUCAAUGACCACUCUGUGGUUCUGGUGGCACAAGCCUCUAGACGUCCGUACGGCGACAGUGCUGGACACGACCGCUUCAGUGGUCGACAUCCUCCGCGAAGGCGGCGAAGCUGCGAAAGAACCAUUCUUAGAUACGCCGCUGGAUUUCAUCGAAGGUCGAGUCUACAUGUCCAGCAAGUGGAGCCGCCACGUACUCCGCUGGAUUCGCGCAGUUAGGCUGCAAAAGCGACCACUCGAUCGCAUCCCAAACGACCGUGACCCGCAAGCCAACUUGAGGCAACACUGCCUCCUCGGCAUCGGCACAGCGACGUUCGCGAGCGUGCAUUUGGCUGGCUGGCCCUUCGAGUUCGCUACGAGAUGGGAGCAGGCACUCUGGCGCGGAGGUUGCAUUGGAGUAUGGGUUCUUCUUUGCUUGUAUGGCUCGACGGAGAUGGCGGUGUGCUACCGGGAGAACUAUGAAGUGCCUGGUCUAGAGUCGGGCAAAGGGUACAAGAUGCGCUGGCCGCAUUGUCUCCUAUUCUUUGUACCUGCGACGCUGUACUUCAUGGCACGAGUUGGCUUGCUAGUGGUGACGAUGAGCAGUUUGGCUUCUCUGCCUGAAGGAGCUUAUCAGACUGUGCAAUGGAGUGAUCUCUUGCCACAUUUGUAG